AUGGGCAAAGCGUGGGCGUGGGAAAAUGCGCCAUUCCAACAAAAUCCAACAAAAUCCAACAAGAUCCAACAAGACCUUGUUUUUUUCUACACCGCUGCGAACACAAGGGUAGAUACACACAGGGAUAACCAUUCUGCUCCAGUUGGGUACUUGUUCCGGAUAUUGCUGAAGCCGUUUGGACACAAGAAAGUUGCCACCCACAGACCCCCAUCCAAAAUUGAGGAUAUGUUCACAGACGACUGCAGCAGCAAUGCCAUGGAUGUUGACCCGUUCUACGCAACCGAGCUGGCCAAUCAUCAUGAAAUUGUCAGUGAGGGAGAACAGAUGCGCCGUCAUGAGGAUGAGGCAAUCAAAAAUGAACGUUAUGGAGAUUAUGUUGAACCCAUCAGCGACAGUGACACAUCAGGCAAUGACGAAUGCCCGUCGGAUUAUGGUUCAGAUAUCGAUAUCAACCAACAAGGGGAGGAUGGCGCCGCAGAAACGUACCUCGAUUUUGGCAGCAAUGAAGAUUAUUAUCCCUUUAGCAGCAAGAAGGUAGCAUUAUGCGCCCUUUUAAUGAACAUCCCGAGACAUCCAAUCUCGGAAGGGCUUCUGCAGCUAAUAUGGUGGUGGGCGCGGGAGUUCGGCGUUGUACUUCCGAGCAUUGCAAAGGUGGAAAAAGAACUCGACGCCGUAAUGCUGAAGGUCGGAUGCCAGAGCCGUGUUGGGACAACACAGGAAGGCGACAGCGUGCAUAUCAACAGCGUGACCAGUGCCGUCAUGCAAGAUGUUGCCAAUCCAGUAGUGAUGCGGCACCUGCGCACGUUCAGUGAAGAUGUGGAAUCGGGCAUAUCAGAGCUGUGUCACAGCCAGAGGUGGAAAACCGACCCCUGUCUGCGCUUGCCCAUGGUCCGGCACGGCGGCAAUAGCUACUUCAUUGGCGACUUUGCAACUGCAGAUGGAACCCUCCUUCACAUCAAGCGAUUUUUCACCCGCAAAGGGCAGCUGUGGUUGGAGGGACAGAAGAUGCGGCUUGACGUCAGCGGUUAUUGGAUCACUGACAUCGAAGUACUCAGACCUGUGGCGACUCUGACCUCGCAACUCACACCUGAAUUUGAAGAGCGGAAAUUGGGUGGUCAUGAGCUUGUGGGAUUCAAGAGUUCACGGCGGAACAAAAGCAGGAUCUACGAAGAUGAUGAACGCUCCUCCAUCUUGUCUCCACAUCACCUGAAGAUUGUGAUUGGGAACAGGCGAGUAAUAAUCACCCCGCUCAUCUUGUACUGUGAUGACGUCUCGGGCAAUCGGUCAAAAAAAUGGAAUUGCCAUUACAACUGGUGCUUCCAACUAGCGGGCUUACCUUUCAAAUAUUGCCAGAUGGACUACAAUACACAUUUUAUCGCCACAAGCAACUGCGCAUCACCGUUGGACAUUGGAAAACUCGUUGUCAAUGAUAUCCGCAACGGCCUUGAGCGAGGCGUUCUGGCUUACGAUGCACGUCUUAUGGAGGAAGUUGUCGUUAUUGGCUACACGUUUUGUGUUGAAGGUGACAACCCCAUGCAUAACGAGCUCACGUCCAUGAUUGAUAUCAAGAAUGACCUCCAUCAACUGCUCCAGCUUAGUAUGGCGAGGAGUUGGAGGGAGACAAAGGAUACACUCGACAAGCAGGUCGUCAUCGCAAAGACGCAGGGGGUAACCGCCCUACAACGCAACCAGAGAGAGAACGGUGUCAAGUCCACAUACGCCACCAACCUGCUUACCAAGCUGACCUCCAUGCGCUCACAAAAAUUGCCGCUGAGUGACAUCGACAGGCACGCAGCCCUCCAUAUCGCUCAGUAUGGUCUGAAUCCGUUGUUUGAUCUUGUGGGUUUCGACGGGCACGAGGAUAGUCCGGUGGAAGCUCUCCAUACAAUCCUCCUAGGAACAGUCAAGUGGCUAUGGCGGGCAACCAUCAAACACAUGGCGAGGCGGCCAGAGAAGAUAGUUUUCGCAGCGCGGCUUGACUCGAUGGCUACAAGGGGGCUUGAUACCACAUUCAAAAGCAAGCAGUUAAUCCAGUACUCACACAGCCUGAUUGGGAAGGAUUUCCGCGCGAUUGCCCAAGUUGCGCCGUUCCUUUGCCGAAAUCUUCUCUCACCCGAAUGGACCAACGCAUGGAUGGCAAUGAGUGAGCUGACGGCGAUGAUUUACACGGAAAGCAUCGAGGAUAUGGAGACAUACCUUCGCGCACUCACUCAGGGCAUACAUGUCACUAUUGCUAGGAUGUGCGACGUCGACGACGAUUUCUUCAACAAGCACAAGUUCCACAUCAUCUUACACUUCCCCGAAAGCAUACGACGGUUUGGUCCCGCACGUUUGUACGCCAGCGAAAAAUUUGAAGCAUACAAUCCUAUCAUGCGGGGCCAUUCCGUGCACAGCAAUCGGCAAUCGCCAUCAAAGGACAUUGGACAAAGGUUUGCACGGUAUCAAACACUCCGGCAUGUCUUCUCUGGUGGAUAUUGGCUGGAGGGCUGGAAAAGGGAGAGAGUGGACUUCCGCUGGAUCUGA